CAGGGACGCUCACAGACCUCUCACAGCCAUGAUGCUUACAGGUUUCUUCUUCUUUCUGCCUCUUCUCACAGGUUUAAAGACCUCCGAUUCAGAGCAACAAGUGCCUGAUGGUCAUGAAGAUGAGUCCAAUCUUCAGCUUGAGGAAAAUCCAGGUGGAAAUACUUCCAGUUUAGUGUCUACAGGACUUCGUGGUAAUGAAACAGGUGGAAAUACUUCCAGUUUAAAGUCAUCAGAACUUCAUGGUAAUGAAACAGGUGAUGAAGCGAACAGUGACUAUAAGUGCAGCUUCCAAGCUAUUUUCGACCACCUGAACCUGACCGAAAACAAGACUAAAUACACCAUGAGCCGGCCAGUUAAAAACCACACUACUCAUACAGACAUACAUGUUUACAUGGCGAUCUAUGCCAUCCUUGAUGUGAGAGAGAGUGACCAGACUUUAGUUUCAAACGUACGGAUUUUUUUGGAAUGGGACAAUGAGCACAUUCAGUGGAAUUCACAUGAAUUCUGUCAUCUUGAACAUAUAAUGGCUCCGACUGAAUAUUUGUGGAUGCCAGAUCUAACCAUUAAAGAGAUGACAGAGAAGAACAAAAUCCGUCCGAAUCCUAACCUCAGAAUUGAUCAUCGUGGCUUUGUUGAAUAUCGGGAUGAUCAGGUGGUGGUCAGCACCUGCAAGAUGCAUAUUUUUAAGUUUCCCUUCGACACUCAGACAUGCAACUUCUCCUUCAAGUCUGUCUUGUACUCUGAUAAAGAAGUAAAGCUGUCCUUCAACAAAAACAAUGAAAAACUCACAAAUUAUUCUCGUAAGGUGAUGCUGACGCAGUACGAAUGGUUGUUCGUCAACUUGACAUCCACCAGCACAAUUGACGACUUUGAUUUUAUCAACCAAACAGUGAUUGUUUACUCUAUCAUCAUGAAGAGGAGGUCUGUCCUCUACGUUGUCAACUUCUUGCUGCCUGUUCUCGUCUUCUUGUGUCUGGACUUGGCCUCCCUCCUGAUCUCCAACAGAGGUGGUGAGAAGCUCAGCUUCAAGGUCACUGUGCUGCUUGCUGUCACAGUGAUGCAGCUUAUUCUCAAUGAAAUUCUGCCUGCGUCAUCACACAGGAUCCCACUUAUAGCGAUCUACUGCAUUGGGGUUUUUGGUAUGAUGCUGCUCAGCCUCAUGGAGACCAUUUUUGUGAUGUAUCUGAUGGACAAAGACUUCCAGGAUGAUGUGACUGAUAAAGACCAAAGCCUGAAUGAGAGCCGUGAGGACAAACUGGACAAAGGCAACUUCCACGGCUGUUUCAGAGAGAUGAAGAAAUGGACUCACUGUGGGUGUUUCAACAAUGCCUCUGCUGAUCAACAGCCACAUGUGGACAAAGAGAAAGAGCAGAGUCAGGCAGGAGAUGGACCAGAGGUGGCGGCCAGCAGUAAUGUUGACCAUGCAGGGUCUGCAGAGAAAGAGCAGAGUCAGGGAGGAGAUGGAUCAGAGGCCAGCAGCAGGGACAAGGAUGUAGGGUCUUUACAGGGCAGCAGCAGUCAGCUGACGGAGGUGUCUCUUGCCUUGGAAAAGGUCUCAGAUGAGCUCGGGCAGAUCGACAGAAAAAUGAUUGAACUCAGCAGCAGCAAGGAGGAGGAGAAGCCCGGCUACUGGACCAGGAUGGCAAAAAAAAUCGAUAAGGCUUUCUCCAUUAUAUACGUCAUAUCUGUUUUUGUGUUCUUAGCUGUUAUCUUUUCGGUGUGGAUCCCUAAACCUGAGUAGUGCUGAAGUUCAAAAACAUGUAAUGCCUCAUAUGAGGACAAUGCAGUUAUGCUUGCUGAACUACAAUGUAUCAUCAUAGUAACAUUGACCUACAGGGGAAAAUAUUUACAUAUAUUUGUUUUCUUUCUUAGCUGGGAUAGGCUCCAGCACCCCCCGCGACUCUAGUGAGGAUAAAGCGGUGUAUAGAGAAUGGAUUUUUGUCAUUAAGCUGCACAGAUUCAUUUGGAAUGAUUCUAAAAUGUGUUGGUAACAACUUAUUUUGAGGCAAAUUGGGCUCCGAUUGGGAAAAAAACAAACAUUACAACUGACACAAUUUUAAUGUUAGCACUGACUGAAAAUGACGUCAUCUGUGGUCUUUUUAUGACAUAUAAAUAUAAGCCAUGUUCUCUUUAUUACCUGACACUUCUUCAUUUUUUCCAGCACUUUGAAGUCCACCAUAAAUAACAUUUAGGAAAUUAUUAUAGCUUUUUAUUCAUUAAUGCUCACUAAGGGAGUCACUUCUUGGCAUCACUGUGCAAAAGUUCUACAGUAUCCUUUCAUGUGUUGUAAUUCAGCAGAGGAAACUAGACGUGUGCAGCUCCUCUUGGAUCAACACAAUGCUACAUAUCUAACAUAUAUAUUAUUAAGCUUUGACAUAAUUCUAAUAUACAAUUAAACUUUUACCACAGUAAAAUAUUAGCAUUUUAAGUGUAAUGGAAGUGUAGCUGCAUUUAGAUUUGAGUCAUUCUUACAGUAAUGCACAUCUGUGAGAGCAUGGUGUAAAGUAGUUUAAUACCUGCUGUAUAUGCAUUUUAGGUUAUAGGUUUGAUUUUUCCACAUUUUCAAUGAACGUAUUUUGCAUUUGCAUGGUGGAAUAAAAGUCUGAUCAUCUGGUUGUAAGAUAUGUACCAUCAGUCUAUUAAAAUAAACAAUAAGGAGAAACUA